GGGCGUGGGUGGAAGAAAGAAAGAUAGAAAGAAAGACACGCAGCCAGGCAACAGCAGAAGAAGCAGAGAGGGCAGUACGCGCACCCAUCUCUCUCUCUACCCUCGAAAUCUCGUUUCUCGGGCCAUCCGUCACGUAAAUCGAGGCCGUUGCUUUUCUUUCUCUAAUUUAAUAUUUUUUAUUUUCGUUUCUCAUUUUCUCCCUAGACAUUGGACGCUUCUUCCAUCGGGAGAGAGGAGAGGAAACAGAGAAGGAAAACAAGAGAAGAAAAUUAAAAGAUUUUCCUUUGAAUUCGAGUCGAUUUGCGGAGCUGGAAAUCCCAAAUGGAUGAGGGCGUUUGUUGGGCCAGACGGUGUUUCGGUCCUUUUCAUGAAAACCCAGGCAUUUAGAGCAUUGAUUGAUCAGUGUUGAAAAAGCUUGGUUUGAGGUGGGUUUUCAUGGGGUUGAACUGGGAAGAAUGAUGGGAAUCAAUAGCGACAAUGACGAAGAUCGAUUCUUUGAUUCCAGAGAGGAAGUCACGUCUACAUCCGAUUCGGGUUCGGAUUGCAUCGACGGUUCAGAUUUGAAUUGGGUUUUCGGUAAAUUCCGUUUUGGGGUCUGGAUUGGAAAUCCUGACAGUGUCCAUGAACGCCGCAGUAAGUUCUUGGAAUGGACAGGGUUGGAUUUGGAUUUAGAUCGGAGUGAGAGCGAUAGUGAGAGCGAGAGGAAAGAGUCAGUUGAUCCGUUGUUUGAAACUUUCAUGGAUGUGGAUCGAAUUACGGAGACAAGUGGCGCCGUGUUGAGGAAUUCUGGUUUCGAAGAUGAGUUCUUGUCGAGUCGGUCUUCCAUGUCGAGCUGGUCCAGUGGUGCACCUGAUUUGUCCAGUAGCCAGGUUUUGGAGGAGGAUUUCGUGUGCAGAAUUAGGAACUUGGAUGAUGGGACAGAGUUUGUUGUUGAUGAAUUGGGCCAGGAUGGGACAUUGAGUAGAUUUCGUGAAGUGGGUUCAAAUCGAUUGUACACUGUCGACGAGUUUCAGAGGGUUAUUGGGUUGCCGCCUUUCAUUCAGCAGUUUAUGCAGAGAGAGGCUGUGGCAGCGAGUAAUUCGGUUGAGACAGUGAAGAGAAGGAAGAAAGGGUGGUUGAGGAGAUUGGGUGCCAUGGCUUGCCUUGUGGAUAGGCAAGAGGAUGAAGAAGGUCAAUUGAGGACCUGUGAUUUGGAUACCUGCACGAGGGUUGGCACUCACAGAGUUAGAGUUCGUUCCCAUAGGAAGCGGUCCAAGGAAUUCUCUGCUCUUUUUGUUGGCCAGGAGAUUCAAGCGCAUGUGGGUUCGAUCUUGACAAUGAAGUUUAGCACCGAUGGGCAGUACUUGGCAAGUGCUGGUGAAGACAGUGUGGUGCGUGUUUGGAAGGUGAUGGAGUGUGCAAGAACAGAUGAGGCUGACAUUCCCGAUGCAGAUCCUUCUUGCCUAUACUUUAGGGUGAAUAAUUCUUCUGAAUUGGUUCCUGUCUUUGGGGAUAAAGAGAAAAUGUGUAAAUUCAGGGGUUUGAGGAAAAUGUCGGAUUCAGCAUGCGUCAUUUUCCCCCCUAAAUUCUUCCGGAUAUCAGAAGAACCAUUGCAUGAAUUCCGCGGGCACAGUGGCAAUGUAUUGGAUCUUUCAUGGUCGAAGAAUAAGUUGCUGCUAUCAUCAUCGGAGGAUAAAACUGUCCGCCUGUGGCAAGUGGGACGUGACAGAUGCAUCAAAGUUUUUUCCCAUAAUAAUUAUGUGACAUGUGUUCAAUUCAAUCCAGCUGAUGAUAAUUACUUCAUCAGUGGCUCAAUUGAUGGAAAAGUCCGGAUUUGGUCCAUUCCUGGCUGCCAUGUUGUUGAUUGGAUCGAUGUGAAAGAGAUAGUCACAGCCGUGUGUUAUCAGCCCGAUGGCCAGGGUGGAAUUGUUGGCUCCAUGGGAGGCAUUUGCCGCUUUUACGAUGCAUCAGGUAAUCAUUUGCAGCUAUAUGCUCAGAUUUGCUUACAAGGUAAAAAGAAGUCUCCUUGCAGAAGGAUAACUGGCUUUCAGUUUUGUCCGAGCGAUCCUAGCAAAGUAAUGGUCACUUCUGCUGAUUCACAAGUCCGAAUCCUUGAUGGGGUCGAUGUCAUCUGCAAAUAUAGGGGAAUUCGGAGCUCUGGAGGUCAGAUGUCUGCAUCUUUCACUUCAGAUGGGAAGCAUAUUAUCUCCACGAGUGAGGAUUCUACUGUCUAUGUCUGGAGUCAUGAUAGCCUGCAUGGGCCCACAUCACGUCAGGUGAAGAGCAUCCGGUCUUGUGAACGCUUCUUCUCCAGCAAUGCAUCAGUUGCAAUACCUUGGUCUGGCAUGAAAUCGAAAGAUUCAGAUUCAUGUUCAUCUGGUACUCUUGAAUUCAAUCCUCACUGUUUCGGCGAUUCAACAGGAAAUUUUGAAAGCAGUUGUCAUUGGCACUCGGAUUCAUUACACAACGCCCUCUCAAUGUCGUCCCUUGACAGUUUCUCACUUGGCCAUGCUUUCUUCUCAGAGGCUAUUCCCAAGGGAUCUGCAACUUGGCCUGAGGAGAAGCUCCCUGCUUCAAGCUCGCUGUUCGUGCCUUCAUCUAUGUGUAAAUCCCAGUACAAGUUUCUCAAAGCUUCUUGCCAGAAUAUGGUUGUGUCCCCUCAUGCAUGGGGUUUGGUGAUCAUAACUGCUGGCUGGGAUGGACGGAUCAGAUCUUUUCACAAUUAUGGGCUAGCAGUUGGUUUCUGAGGCAGCAUUCUUGAGACAUCUGUAAGUGUCACUUUGUUUGGGCAUUUCAAUGCAUCUACACUGAAUUUUUUGUAUGGGCCUCAUUUGGCUGAGAUUAGAUGCUGCAAAUUUCUCACUAAUCUGGGCCAGUUCUUGCGGAAGAAGACAUCAUCAUGUGUCCAGCCACGUCAAGUUGGGAUGUGGGCAGAUACCACACGGCAUUAGGUGGCUUUCAGGAUUUUGCAGUGCCAACAGUCAUAGCGGGUCCUAGCUUACAUUAUUUGUGAGGUAUAGAUGAAUUUCAGUACAUUGGGUUGUAUUUUCAGUCCUUGUCGAGCUGGGGCAUCGGUCAAUACUUCCUGGCAGUUCUUGUCCUUGAAGAUCUCGUGUAGCACCAUCAGCCAUAGCAGAUCUAGAGGUUGAGCGACUUCUGUGGGCACGUGUUGUGUGGUUGAAAUUUGAGACAUCAGUGACUUCACUUGGGCCCACUGUAUAUUUCAGAGGCAGUACUAUAAUCAAGUCAGAUUGCAACAAGUGGCGACACUUCUGUAGUAAUGUUCACCAAUCGGAUAAUAUCGAGUGGUUAGCAAGUGUAUGGGGUUGUUUUGUUGGAUGAAAAGAUCCCAUUUUACUAUUCUUUUACUUAAUUCACUCAAGAGAUAUGUUCAUGGCAGCCUGCUCAAAAAAGAAAGAAGAGGCUCAUUUGUGGGAAAUAGACAUUGGAGCUGUGUGCAUAAUUCAGAUGUUUGUGGGCCCUCAAAGAGCUUUAAAAAAGAAAAAAAUAAAUAAAAUUUUGAGAGAACUUGUGAGAAUUUUUAUUCAUGGCA